GUAGAAAGAAGCGUUAAUAUUCUGGUUCAGGAUAACUAGUCGAGAUCUGAGGAUCUUUAAAAACUAGAAAUUUAGACCACGUCGCUCUUACGCGUAUCUAGAAUCUAGAAUAUCAAGCAAUUAACAAAGCCAAACUAUUUGUGCUGCUUGUGGGUCCAGUUGUAUUUUAAGUAGGAAUGUCUAUGCUUAUAUUUGUGACAGGCCAUCAAGGACAUGGAUUACAUUAUUAAGGAGAAGUCGAUUGUAGAGCAAUUGCUGAACUGCGAAAUUGACAACUACAUUACGGAAAACAGGGGUACCUUUUACAUAGACGAUUCGUUCAGCUUCUCCCGUGUUCUCCUAUUGGGUAACCAUUUACACAUCUUUGUCCUGGAACUCCUCUUCGUGCUGUCAAUCUUCCUCUUGUCCUCUAAUUUGUUGAUUGCAGCUGCAGGGGCUUGUGCUUUGAACAUAUUACUGCGCCAUGUGUUCCGCCAUUGGGUGCGCCGCAACAUCUCCCGCAAGACUCUCAUCGACGAGAGAUUUCUCUUGUAGCCCCAAAGCGAGGAGCAAUAUCUGCGGGAGGACGGAUUCUUUGCUAUAUAAA